UUCAGUAGAAUUCAACCUCACGAGUAUGUAAAACGUUUCCUUGAUCAAGGAGUACGACCUGAUGGACGAAAGCUCGGUCAAUUUAGAAAGACAAUGAUUACAAAAAACGCCAUCUCUACAGCGAAUGCCAGUGCCAUUGUGCGCCUUGGCGGCACCACUGUUGUUUGUGGUAUUAAGGCAGAAGUUUGUGAGCCAAACGUGGAUGUCCCUACCAAAGGCUUCUUGGUUCCUAAUGUAGAAUUAUCACCUUUAUGUUCACCAAAAUUCACAGCUGGACCGCCACCAGAAAAAGCACAGGCCAUAUCGGAGUCCAUUCAUCAAUUGUUUACACACUCCAAUCUAUUUCCUCUAGAGAGUCUUUGUAUUGAAGAAGGAAAAGCCGUUUGGGUAUUGUAUGCCGAUAUGGUAUGCUUAUGCUAUGAUGGAAAUGUGUUUGAUGCAAGCUUAUUGGCACUUUCUGUUGCUUUGAAAGAUUUGAAAUUACCCAAGGCUGAGGUAUCGCCUUCCAUGGUCGUUGAAGUUGACCCAACGCAAUACACAGAACCUAUUCCACUUGUUCGCUUUCCAAUCGCAUCCUCAUUCAGCAUUUUCAACAAUCCCAACGUAGUACUCGCGGAUCCUAAUGACACAGAGGAAAGUUUGACGAGAGAACAAGUGACGAUUAUUAUGGAUACAGAGUAUAACCUAUGUAAAAUCUAUAAAAAUGGCGGAAAUACAGUCAAUGCCGAGGGUUUGAAGCGAUGUAUCGACAUUGCCAAACAA